GCGCAGGUAAUGCGGUACCAAUGGUGGGAGAAAUCAAUAUCGAAGUUUAAAAUGUCGCGGGCAUAUAGAAUUUUCAAAAUUAUCCGCGACAAAAGUAACGUAUUUAUACAAUAAACUUGUCAAUGACAAAAAAUAUUUAGCAAAUAGGUAGUACCGUUUAGGUUUAAAUCCGGUAACUUUCCUGAUCAUUUAAAAUAGAUUUAUAUUUAAGUAAAGUAUUCUUCCAUUGAUAGUUAUUUCGGUACUUACGGAAACAGUUUGGAUGGUAUUAAGUUUCGGCACGUUCUCCAGUGAAAAUUAAUUAGGAAAAAUAUUAAGGAUUCUUAAAUUUAUUAAUUGUUUCAGUGAUAGUUAUCGUGUGUUCGAAGUGCUUUAAAUAAAGAUAGACAAAAUGUAUCGUCCCCUAUUUGUUCUACUAACGAUACUCUCCUACUCCCUUCAACAAUCGCUGUUCGACGGAGUCAUCAAACUGAUCCAAGAUGGCCAGGAACAGCUGGAGACCGAGCCUCCUGACAUGCCUCCGAAAUUGUUGCACAAAGAAUACGAUUUUAUAAUAGUAGGCGCUGGAACAGCAGGAUGUGUCGUUGCCAAUCGACUUUCGGAAAAUCCGAACUGGUCGGUUUUAUUAAUAGAAGCAGGUAGGCCAGAAAAUUAUAUGAUGGAUUUCCCAAUUCUUGCAAACUAUUUACAAUUUACGGAGAGCAACUGGAGGUAUCAAACGGAGCCAAAUGGAAAAGCUUGCCUAGGAUUCGACGGUCAAAGAUGUAACUGGCCCAGAGGAAAAGUAGUCGGUGGGUCUAGUGUUUUGAAUUACAUGAUAUACACCAGAGGGAACAGACGAGAUUUUGAUAACUGGGCAGCAAUGGGUAAUGUCGGAUGGUCUUAUAAAGACGUUCUGCCAUAUUUUAGAAAAAUUGAGAACUUCAGUAUACCUACUCCUCACGAUCAACGCUAUCAUGGUUAUGACGGAUAUUUAGAUGUCAGUUAUGCCCCCUACCGAACAAAAAUUGCCGAUGCUAUUGUAAACUCGAGUCAGCAAUAUGGUAUUCCAUACACUGACUAUAACGGGCCUACUCAAAUUGGUGUAUCAUAUCUCCAACUGACAUUAAACGAAGGUGUAAGAGAGAGCAGCAGCAGAGCAUAUCUACAUCCCAUCAGAACCAGACCUAAUUUGCAUCUAUCAAAGUAUUCGAUGGUCAAAAGAAUUAUUAUCGACCCUGCGACGAAAAAAGUUCAAGGAAUCGAAAUGCAAAAAAAUGGUCAGACUCACAUAAUCAGAGCUAGAAAGGAAGUUGUUGUGUCGGCCGGAGCUAUAAACUCUCCGCAACUCCUCAUGCUGAGCGGCAUUGGUCCUAGUAAACAUUUGAAACAGCUAGGAAUACCAGUCCUUAGUAACUUAAGAGUUGGAUUUAAUCUAAUGGACCACAUCGCUAUUGGUGGACUUACUUUUCUCAUAAACGAGCCAGUGUCUCUAAAAACGGAGAAGAUUAUGAACUUGAAAAAUUUGAAAGAUUAUUUGAAUAGACGACAAGGUCCUCUGACUAUUCCUGGAGGAUGUGAGGUCUUGGUAUUCCACGACUUUGAUCACCCUAACGAUCCAGACGGAUAUCCAGAUAUGGAGCUCUUGUUCCAGGGCGGUUCAAUUGUAUCCGACAUAUCAUUGCGAAAAGAUUUUGGAAUCACUGACGAAAUAUACAAUGCAGUUUAUAAACCGAUCGAGUCCAAAGAUUCAUUUAUGGUCUUCCCCAUGUUGCUACGACCCAAAAGUAAAGGCAGACUGAUGCUGAAAAAUGCAAAUUACAAAACGAAACCCUUUAUAUUUCCUAACUAUUUUGCCGAUCCCAAAGACAUGGAAACUAUGAUAAAAGGAGUUCGUUUGGUUUUAAAUAUCACUAGUGAACCAGCACUGCAAGCUUUGGGCGCUAAAUUGCACAACAUUCCAAUACCACAGUGUGCUGAUAGACCUUUUGGAAGCGACGCAUAUUUCGAGUGUAUGGCCAGACACUUUACCUUCACGAUCUAUCAUCAAAGUGGGACUUGCAAAAUGGGCCCGAAAACUGAUAAACGUGCAGUUGUAGAUCCCCGACUAAAAGUAUAUGGAAUACAGGGACUUAGAGUGAUGGACGCAUCUGUGAUACCAGAAAUACCAGCCGCACACACUAAUGCUCCCACAUUCCUAAUAGCAGAAAAGGGAUCCGACAUGAUCAAACAAGAUUGGGGCUUCAAAACUCAGUAGGACAACUUCAAAAAUACGCUGUGAUAUAUUUAUUAAAAUUAAUUAUAAUUUCAAUGCGAGACAUGUUCAAUAAAUUAACACCCUCUAUAGUAUUUUGUUGUAUAAAAUUGGACAAGGAAUGUUAAUGUUAAACUGUCAAAGUCAUAUGAAAUAAUUCCAUAAUAUUCUCAAUUAGUAGAUAUAGUAACAAACCAGUAGUCCAUAUACAGUAACCUUUAAAAAGUUUGAUACAAACCACAGUCUAUUCAUACCCAUA